AUGGAUAACAUUAACGAUGGUAACAAGACUGAGAACAAGCUAGAAACGUUUUCUCAUGCUCUCUGCAAAAGAUGCUCUAGGUUUCAGCAAUUUCAGCAAAAGCAAUGCCAACUGCCGGAGGACAAGCCGUCCAACUAUGUUGAAUUCGAAUUACGUUUAUCCUCGUUAGAUGUUGGGAAUUGUGGAAUAUGCCAAGUAUUCCUGCGGGCUGCAGAAGGGAUAAAAGGAGGAAGGGUCCAAGGAUUACAGCCAUUCGGCAUGUUAUAUGCAAAAGAGGUGUUGCUUCACGUUAAAGGGGAUUCUUCGAUUGGUCAUACUGAGGAGGAAUUAUGGUUUUAUACGUUUUCGAGAGGCAGUAGGUACUGUACAUUUGAUCAAUCUUGCAACUUUGCUGAUAGGCGUUGUGAUCAACCGAGUCCGUGGCCUCUGUUUACUCAGAUCUCUGACGACAGUCGUUUCAUCCGUGAUUAUAAGCAAGAUGGUCUCUCAUCUGUGGAGAUCGCUGCUCAGUGGACAAAAGAGUGUCCUUCGACUCACCUCAGUUACCAAAUCAAAGUUGAAACGAAUUUGCCCAACCGAGUUCUUUUUAUUGGAAAAGAAUCCGCUGAAGUUCGUUUGCUUCAGACGAAUAAUAUCAUGGGUUCUUACGCCUGUCUAAGCCAUUGUUGUUGGCGAAAGGAUUUACUCCGGACUACCGUUAAUAAUCUGGACGUACAUAAGGAGGCAAUUCCAUGGGAUGAUCUGCCCAAAACCUUUCAAGACGCCAUAAGCGUUGCUCGACAACUCGGUAUAGAUUAUCUCUGGAUUGAUUCAUUGUGUAUUGUUCAGGAUGACGAGGAUGAUUGGAUAAGAGAGUCCCAAACUAUGUGUGAAGUGUAUCAAAAUUCAUUUGUAACUAUUGCCGCAACAUCAGCACCCGAUGCGUCGACAGGUCUGUUCUUGAAGAAUGGCAAACCGCGGCGGCGAGUUAAUAUCUCAGGAAAGACAUCAGCUGGUAUGGAAUUCAGCCUUGAAGCUCGCGAGCGGCGUGGCUCUUGUGUCCAUCCGAACUUUAGAGAAACCACAGCACAGUGGCCAUUGCUAGGUAGGGCAUGGGGCUUUCAGGAACAUCUAUUGUCACCCCGAUUCAUCCAAUUUGGCUCAGAGGAACUUAUUUGGGAAUGUCAAGAAAAGGUUGAAUGCGAGUGUGGGAAACAUCUCUGGAGCAGCCCAGGAAUUGAGGAAAAGAAGGAAUUCCACGAAGCGAUGAAUAAACAUAACAAUACGGGCUUAGUCACGCAAUGGCAAUCUAUGGUCGUCGGGUAUUCCUCACUUGAACUUUCGUAUGCCUCUGAUAAACUCCCGGCCCUUUCCGGCCUUGCAAAGCAGAUGCAUAGUAAGAGGCCGGACGAGAAUUAUUGUGCGGGGCUAUGGAGUGGUAGUUUGUAUACUGAUUUGUUAUGGGUGGUUCUAAUGAGCCAUCGUGAUUAUGGUGACAAUGUCGACGAUUAUUCCCACCAGGUACCUGCUUAUCGAGCACCAUCUUGGUCUUGGGCUUCAACUGACGGAAAGAUUCGUUACCCACAAGGUAUGUAAUUCUUGACAUAAAACGUUAUUUUGUUAAUCUUUGCUUUAAAGUCUGGCUCAACAUGCAUGUAACCCACACCCUUUUCACCAUAGACAACGUGGAUAUUAGGCUGGCUACACAAGACGCCACUGGCCAAGUGAAAAACGGCUCACUUACUAUCACUGGACCAAUUUUUGAAGUCCAUAUGAUAGAUCUAAAUCCUACAUCUGGGAAAAAGGCAUUUCUCAUCGUAGGAUCAGAAAACCGGACUUUGGAGCUUAUUCGUUACGAGUCUAACGACGACAAACUAUAUUUUGACUCCCGCAGGUACCCAAUUCGCACUUGCGACGAUACUUCCGGAUUGAGUGGAAGCAUCAAAUGCAUCCGAAUGUCGAGGUUGGAAAGCGAUGAGAAAGAAUUUGGUCGCGAAUAUGCUAUGAUGGUUCAGAAGUCAACCACAUCCACAUCAUAUCAACGCAUAGGUAUGAUCGAAUUAUGUCGAUUCAACCUGGAAAAAGAUGCACAGAAGGGAGAUUUAGAUCUUCUAUGGCUGAAAUUUCCAAGUUUUUUUGAAGGUGGCACUAUGGAAACUAUCACGAUUUUUUAA